GACUAAAAUGAUAAAAUAAAAACAGAAAGAUAAUUUGAUGCAGUCUGAAGCUAAACAAAAAAAAAAAAUCAUAAAAAAAAAACAUUCAUACCCAUUUGUUGCCUUACAGCUAAAACAAUCUAUCCCCUCACAUGCUCUUAAAAGUUUCCGAGCCUUUUUCACUCUUUGUAUAUAUUUCUGGUUCUGCGAUUACUCUUUUCUCCUUUUUUAAAUUUUUGUUCUCUCUUUUCUUCCUUCUUCUCAUUCUUUUUUUUUUCCCUCUCUUUUUUUUCUUCCCAAUCGUCAUUGUUUGUUUAGAAAAAGUCUAAUUGAAUGUUACGUGACUCAAGAUCAGA